AUGCGUCUACUAUUACGCGACAAUCAGAAAAAAGAUACACAAAAAAUCGUAGUGGGUGAAAGCAAUGGAACUGUACAAUUAUUUUCCAUUAAGAAAAAAGAAGCAGCCCCUUCGUUCAAAACACCACCAGGGAAACGUAUUCGACGUGUAGAAUUAGGAGGAAAGCCUGGAGAAGUAUCCGAUCGUAUAUUUGUUGCAGCCGAUUCCGAAGUACGUGGUUAUACUAAAAAAGGAAAACAAUUUUAUGCAUUCGAUACAAAUGUCGUUGUUCCAAUUCAGUCAAUGAGUAUAUUUGGCUCAAAUCUUUAUUCAUGUACAGAUACCACUUAUACGCAUUAUGUUGAAUCGAAAGAAGUUGAUACUCUUACACUAACAGCAAAAAUAAACGACAUUAUUAUUUUGCCAACAGUCAUUCAACCUGUGCCUGUACUCGCCUGUCAAGAUCGAUUACUUCGCAUUAUUAACAAAUCAUCAGUCUCAUACGAAACCGAAUUGCCAGAAGACAGUACAAUCAAAAUUUUUCUGUGUACUUUUGCAGGACCAACAAAAACUGAACUUAUCUAUGGUACAUCUGAUGGUCGUUUAGGACAACUUGAAAUAGGAAGUUUAAACGCAAGUUCUAAAUGGGAAAUUGCUAAUCCUAAACAUCUGUCUGCCGUCAGUGCAAUUGAUUUUUAUGAUAUUAUUGGUGAUGGUGUGCCGGAUAUGAUUGUGUCAAGAGAAGAUGGAGCAAUCGAAGUUUAUAAUUUUGAAACGGCUGCCGAUGAACCAUUGUUAAAAUAUUCGUAUAAUGGCUCUGAGAGUAUUACAAAUAUUGAAGGUGGUGUUGUGGGUAACCCAGAUUAUGAAGAGCUCGUAUGUUGUACAUAUCAAGGUUGGUUAUUUGGAAUGACAAGUGAACCACUACAGAAUGAAUUAGGUGGAGAAGUAGUAUUGGGAAAAGAUGAUGAUUUAAAACAAAAAAUUGAUGAUCUAAAGCAGGAAGUAGACGAAUUACAACGUCAAUUAGCAAAAACACGUGAACGUUAUCAAGAUACAAUAAAACAAAAUUCUAAAGCACUAUCAACUGUUCGAGAAUUUCGAGUCACCGAUAGAUUUGAAUUAAAUCGUGAUGAUGCUACGUAUAAUCUUGCUCUCGAAAGCGAAUUACCUAUUGAUAAUGUUUUAUUACAAUGUGAUGUAAUAUUAGACAUAUUGAAUGUCGAGAAAAACUCAGCGGUCAUGAGUUUUAGUGCUUGUGAUCCAAAAGAUAACAAUGCUGUUCUUGUCACAUAUCGUUGUCAAGCAAAUACAACUCGUCUUGAAAUGCACAUACGAACAAUCGAAGGUCACUAUGGAACAUUACAAUUGUAUAUAACAUCAAAAAUUCAACCAAAAUGUUCAAUGUUAAAACGACAUAUUAUCAAACCAUUAUCACUCCAUCAACGAAGUAAUCAACCUAUAGAUAAUACCAAAAAAAUGAACACAAUGAAAAUAGUAGGCUCAUUCAGUUAUGCUGAGGUUCAUUCGUGGAUUCAAUUUUGUUUAUCUGAUGUACCAGAACGACCACCAGUCGAUAAAGAAAAUCGUCUCGCAUAUACAAAUAUUUUUUUACAAACACAAUUAGAAUUAGAGACAAAAACUACGGAUGAGAUUAUUAAUUUUUCUAAAUGGUCUCAGUAUUAUAAAAAUUUAUUAUUAAAUAAUGUGAUACCAUUUUGGAUAAAAUAUUCUAUUGAUGAAGAAUAUGGUGGCUAUUUUACAUGUAUUAAUCGUGAUGGUCAGGUGUUUGAUAAAGAUAAAUUUAUUUGGUUACAAGCUCGACAAGUAUGGAUGUUUGCUAAACUUUAUCAAGAUAAAGACAUCGAUGAUAAAAAUUUAAAAUCAAAAUGGUUAGAUGUUGCAUUACAUGGUGCAAAUUUUCUAGAAAAAUAUGGUCGAAAUUUACAGAAUCAACAAUGGUACUUUUCUUUGACACAAGAUGGUCAACCACUUAUUGAAACAUACAACAUAUUUUCAAGUGUUUUUGCUUCAAUGGCAUUUGGUCAAUUAGCUAAAAUUUAUUCAGAUAUAAAUGAUGAUAAUGAAAAAUUUCAACAUUAUAAACGUAUUGCACUAGAUACAUUUCAUGAUAUUGAACAACGUCGAUCUAAUCCAAAAGGUUUAUUUGAAAAAUCUUGUUUAACAUCGCCAAGAAAAUUAAAAAGUUUUGCAUUACCAAUGAUGUUAUGUAAUUUAGCAAUGGAAUUAGAACAUAUUAUUGAUAAAGAGAAAAUAGUUGAUUUAACAAAACAAUGUAUCAAUGAAAUAAUAAAUGAAUUUCGACAAAAUGAUUCUGGUCUCAUAUUGGAAUAUAUAAAUGCUGAUGGUAGUGGACAGUGUGAUUCAUUUGAAGGACGCUUGAUUAAUCCUGGACACGGUAUAGAAGCCAUGUGGUUUUUGUUGGAUAUUGCUGAACAACAAAACAAUAGUGAAUUAUCAAAAAUAUGUAUUGAUACAACAUUGAAAAUAUUAGACUACAGUUGGGAUAAACAAUAUAAUGGUAUCUAUUAUUUUCUUGAUAUCAAGGGUUAUCCACCACAACAAUUAGAAUGGGAUCAAAAAUUAUGGUGGGUACAUUUGGAAACAUUAAUAGCUUUAACAAAAGCCUACGAUCAUGAUCCAACAAAUAAACAAAUAUUAAUAUGGUUAAACAGAGUUCAAACGUAUACACUAAAACAUUUUGUUGAUGAUGAACAGUACGGUGAAAUGUUUGGAUAUUUAAAUCGUCGUGGUGAAAUAUUGUUACCAUUGAAAGGAGGAAAAUGGAAAGGAUGCUAUCAUGUACCAAGAGCAUGUUAUCUCUGUUGGAAAGAACUCGUAAUGGAUAAUUCUGAUUCAAAUAUCUUGACUCCCGAACAUCAAGAAGUUUUAGAUAAUGCUGAUAGAUAUAGUGAACAAUAUAAACUAACACCAGUUCAUCUAAACCGAUUAUGCAGUAUGGUGGCUGAUCUCUAUAUUGAUAAACACAAAUUUAAAGGUGUCAAUGUUAAAGCUAAAUUGCCUGCAUUAUUCGAAAAAUUAAAUCAAACAUUCUCAAAUCCAGAGAGUUUUGUAGAAUUUUUUAAUGCCUUUUAA